UCCGAGAUGACGAUCGUUCUGUCCAACUUGCCUCUGUUUAUUAUGAAGCUACUGCUCAGUAUUCUGGUCAGUAGCACAGCCGCCAGUGUAUUCGCCGAAAAUGUGACCACUGUCUUAGACCAGCUUCUACAGGGAUACGACAAUAGAUUGAGGCCUGGGUUUGGAGGUUCCCCCGUUGUGGUGGCAGUAGACUUGAACAUCCGGUCUAUGGGUCCGAUAUCAGAGAGUGAUAUGCGGAUGUCGAUGCAGUGUUAUUUACGUCAAUCCUGGAAAGACGAAAGGCUAACCUUCGAUAUCCCCGGAAAUGAGACUGUUCGACUGGCGCUCAAUAUCAAAAUGCUGGAAAAAAUCUGGCAUCCCGAUACGGUUAUUUUGAAUGGACAACAUUCCUAUCUGCACACGGUUCCCAUGCCCAACAAACUCUUUAGAAUAGAUCCAAAUGGCUCCAUAUUAUUUUCUCAAAGACUGACAAUUCGAACUCGCUGUAUGAUGCGCUUGGAGAAGUUUCCCCUGGAUUCCCAGGAUUGCCCCAUGUACAUUGGAAGCUUUGGCUAUUCAGACGAUGAUAUACUGUACAAAUGGAAAUACGGCAACGCCAAAGCAGUUGAAAUUGCCAAGGACAUGACGCUGUCUCAGUUUGAUCUCAUCAGUCACCCGGGCUCAAAUAGAUCCACCUUAUUUAGAGACACUUUACACUCCGUGCUGGAGAUCAACUUCCAUCUGAAGCGCCGCAUGGGCUACUUUUUAAUUCAAGUUUAUCUGCCUUGCUGCCUACUUGUCGUCCUGUCCUGGGUGUCGUUUUGGAUCAAUCGUGAAGCCACCGCCGACCGGAUAAUGUUAGGUGUUACAACAGUGCUCACAAUGACAUUUUUCGGGCUGGACAACAGAACGGAUCUGCCCAAGGUGUCAUAUUCCACGGCCUUGGAUGUGUACAUCGCAUCAUGCUUCACCUUCGUGAUGGCCACCGUUAUUCAGUUCGCUAUAGUUCACUAUUUUACAAAAGCCGGAAGUGGAGAACACGACGAUCUGAGCAUCAACGAAGAAAGUGAAGACGAUACUGUCGAUAAAAAAGACGAUCGAGGGUUUCUCAGUCGCCGCGCCGCCAAUGGCCGUUCCCGGAUCUCGGAUUACGGAUUUCCAGAAACAAGAAACAACCAUUUCCUCAGCUCUUCUUACCAGGGCCUCUGGGAUUGCCUAACUCGAAAAGACGACGGAAGAAGCAGAUUUCACUCCAGUUUUUUGUCCUCUCUCAGCACUGGAAAGAGGCCGAGCAAAGCACCAAACGUAUCUGGAAUGAAUAGUGUCAGUAAAAUUGAUAAGGCGGCUCGAGUCAUGUUUCCGUUAGCCUUCGCCGCUUUUAACAUAGCUUAUUGGGCCUCAUAUGUACUCUGAUUUGCGAGUGACAAGAGAGGAAACGAUUUCUGAAGACCCAAAGGAAAUUGAUUGGUAUUGUAUGCUAGUUUGAAUUGACUGAAAGAAAUCGGCGUAGACAAUAGGUCAACACUUGAGUUUAAUGGCAGGUCAGGAUGGAGUUGUGUCUGUUAUUGGCGUGGGCAAACUGACCGGUCAAGCGGCAACUUGCACGCUCAAAUAAA